UUUGGUGGACUUAAAAAUGGCUAUCAAAAAGCGUCUCUUGCUAAAUAGCACAAUCGACCAGUGGAAGUAGCGAACUUCGCCAUUAUCUUGCCUUUGUUUGUGCAUCUUUUCUGUUUAUGUUUGGUUUUGGAAGUUUUUAGCUAUGGAGGUUAAAUCGGAAGUAAAUGGUGUUUUCGAUAUGAAUAAUAUAUGCAGGGCUUGCUUGAGCGAUAAGGGCGAAAUGCGAUCAGUAUUUCUAACUAUUGAUAACCCAGGAACUGGAAGAACUAUGGUUAUUGCUGAAAUGAUGAUGGGGUUCAGCUCAGUGCAGGUAGAGAAUAAUGAUGGCCUGCCCUCUUCUGUUUGUCUUCAAUGUUUUCAUAAUAUAAACACUGCAUUUUCAUUCAAACAAUUAUGUGAACAAUCAGACACAAAUCUUCGACAAUAUCUUGGGAAACCAAUGCUUCAAAAAACUAUCAAUAGAGAAGAAGAGUCUCAAAAAAAUGAUUUUUCAUCAACCCUUUUUUUGGAUGGAUUUGGAAUUUAUUCUUCAUCUGGAGAAAGUGAUGAUGAUUUUAAGGAUGAUUUUCCCUUAUUGGAAUCGGUCCCAGAUAAUUCAACUGAUGAAAAAAUAAUUGCACAAAAGCAGCUUCUCAAGGCAGCUAAAAUGCACAAGAGUAAAAUAUCGAAAAAAAAUUUGUCAAAGAAUGGAGGAACAACAGCAUUAUCAACUAAAAAACUUAGGAGGAGUACCCAUCAGUGUAAUGCUUGCAAAAAAACUUUUAUCAACUUGAAGUCAUUUCGCAAACAUCUCCGAACACAUAUCGAGGACCGUCCUUUCAAAUGUAAAUUAUGUCCUAGGGGCUUUACAGAGGAGAACUAUUUGAAUAAUCACAUGAGAACCCAUAUGCCUGAUGAACAAAAACCUCAUGAGUGCGAAGUUUGUAAAAAAAGAUUUAUUCAUGCUACAUUACUGAAUAAGCACAUGCUCAAGCAUAGUGGUGAAAAACCAUUUGUCUGUAAGAUUUGCAAUAAGGGCUGUUAUGCAGAGAAUAGCCUUCUGAAACAUAUGAAGAUACAUGAGAAGAAGGAAGGUGAUCCUGCCUUAUUGAAACACAUUUGCGAUUAUUGCAAGUUGGAAUUUCCUGACAAUGAAACAUUGUCCAUUCAUAUCAAACAACACACAGGAGAUCGUCCUUUUGUUUGCAAUACAUGUGGUAAAUGUUUCCCUCAAAGGUUCAACUUGGAAUUGCAUCUGAGGACACAUACUGGCGAACGUCCAUUUCAAUGCGAAGUAUGUAAAAAUGGUUAUGUCUCAAAAGCUAGUUUGAAGAUACACAUGAGGACACAUACAAAUGAAAGGCCAUUUGUUUGUGACUUUUGCGGGAAGGCUUUCCGUCAAUCAGGGGAUUUAACUAGUCACAAAAGACUACAUGGCACAGAAAAACCUAUUGAGUGUACUGUUUGUUUGAAAAGAUUUACAACAGUGAUGAAAUUGAAAUAUCACAUGAGAAACCAUACUGGAGAGCGCCCUUAUGUUUGCACAGUAUGUGGAAGAGGAUUCACUGUGAAUACAAUUUUGUUGCGCCACAUGAGAGUACACUCUGGGGAAAGACCAUAUGUGUGUGUUACCUGUGGAAAAGCUUUUUCUCAAUCAAGUACACUCAAUACACACAUGAAGGUGCAUGCCACUCCACAGUCUCCUAAAUAUCAAGAAACUAUGGAUCAGCGAAUGCCUAAAUAUCAUGAAGCCAACGAACAAAAAUUCCAACCAAACCCUCAGCAACAGCCACAACAAACAAUGCCUCCAGACCAUGGACGGCUGAUGCAACAGGACAAUCGAAUCAUGCAGCAGCAGGAUGUUCCUAGAAUGAUGGCAACUGAUAACUCUAGGAUGCUUCAGGAUGGAAAUCACAUUUUGACAGAUCCCAGAGGUCUUAUUCCCGAUAAUUCCACAUUACUAACGAAUGAUGGAAGAAGAUUGCUCCUUAAUGUUUGUGACCAAACCAGACUGUUAGUAAACGACAAUACGCGUCUGAUGACAAAUGAUAAUAGAAUUUUAGCCAGUGUAAACAUUGCUGAUAAUAGCAACAGGUUGCUCGCAAAUGAUGGCAGACUUAUGAAUCCCGAUAAUUCGAGGAAUAUGGCAGUAGAUAGUUCAAGAAUACUUCAAGACAAGUAUUUGUCUACAUAUGAUCCAUACCACAGGAGCCACUUGUAGAUAAUUUGGCCAUUAUUUAUUCUGUAAUUUAAUUGGAUUUGCAGCAUUACUAACAAACGAAUGCUUUGCGAAUUGCUUCAUGUCAUACUUAUGAACAGGUUCAUUUAUGUUGUACAUAUUUUGGUUACUUUUAAAUUGUUUUAUGAAAGCUAUAUUAACACAUCAGGAGUAUAUUCUUAAUUCUGUAUUUAUUGUUUUGUAACAAAUUUUACAAAAAAGGUUUCAUUGUAAAUGUGCUAUUAAAAAUGUAAAUAAAGUGAAAAGAAAUG